AUGUCGUCUAACAAUCAACAAGCUCCACUUCCUCCUUCAAAUUAUGGUAGUGCACAGUGGCAGACUGAUCCAUUUGGUCUUGCUCCAACUGCAAAUGCAAACUCAGGUGAUAAUGGUGCUGGAAAUGGACAGCAAUCGUCGUACAAGGAACAAACCUACACUCUUCCCGGUGGCAAAACGACUUAUAUGGAAUGGACUGGUUAA